CAAAAACUGUUAUGGACUACAAAUGAAAUCAACGAAACGGAUGGGAUGGGAUCGGACGGCUCUCGGCUGAACUUUUGAACCAGGAGCAAAAGUGGUCAAAUGACUUUGCCAUCAGGUCCGAGCUUUAUUCGUCACCUGGAUAUCAGAAAAACAGAAAAAGUCUAGAAAAAAAACACAAAAAAUAAAAACAAAACAAAUUUAAUUGGUUUAAAAAAUUCGCAGCAAAUCAGCUCUUUGUCUCUCUCUCUCUCUCUCUCUCCCUCUCGACUGAUCUAAUCCCUAAUCCGAUCAGGAAAGGGUUGAGAUUGAAGGGUGGACAUACUCUUGGUUGUCAUUCUUCGAGAGAUUUGUCGAAGGUCCUCGGCCUUCUUCUGGCUGAUUCCAAGAGACAGAAAUGCCCCUUAUUCAUCGGAAAAAGCCGACGGAGAAAGCGUCGACGCCGCCUGAGCAGCUGCCCGACGACGAUGAUUCUCAGAAGAAACCUCACGAUUCCCCGAAACCCCAUAAGAAAUCUGGGGGAGGAGCCGACAAGGCGAGAUGGUCGUGCGUCGAUUCAUGUUGCUGGUUCAUCGGUUGUGUCUGCGUCACGUGGUGGUUCCUGCUCUUCUGUUACAACGCCAUGCCUGCGAGCUUUCCUCAGUAUGUAACGGAAGCGAUCACGGGUCCUUUGCCCGACCCUCCAGGCGUUAAGCUGAAGAAAGAAGGUCUUAAGGCGAAGCACCCCGUUGUCUUCAUCCCUGGGAUUGUCACCGGAGGUCUUGAGCUCUGGGAAGGUAAACAGUGCGCUGAUGGUUUGUUUAGAAAGCGCCUGUGGGGAGGAACUUUCGGCGAAGUCUAUAAAAGGCCUCUAUGUUGGGUGGAACACAUGUCACUUGACAACGAAACUGGGUUGGAUCCUGCUGGUAUUAGAGUUAGAGCUGUUUCAGGACUCGUGGCUGCUGAUUACUUUGCCCCUGGCUACUUUGUUUGGGCAGUGCUUAUCGCUAACCUCGCACAUAUUGGAUAUGAAGAGAAAAACAUGUACAUGGCUGCGUAUGACUGGAGACUUUCCUUUCAGAACACAGAGGUGCGUGACCAGACGCUUAGCCGUAUGAAAAGUAGUAUAGAGUUGAUGGUUUCUACCAACGGCGGAAAGAAGGCAGUCAUAGUUCCGCAUUCCAUGGGGGUCUUGUAUUUUCUACAUUUUAUGAAAUGGGUUGAGGCACCGGCUCCUAUGGGUGGCGGUGGUGGACCCGAUUGGUGUGCCAAGUAUAUCAAGGCCGUGAUGAACAUUGGUGGACCAUUUCUUGGUGUUCCAAAAGCUGUUGCAGGGCUUUUCUCUGCUGAAGCAAAGGACGUUGCAGUUGCCAGAGCGAUUGCACCAGGGUUCUUAGACACUGAUAUAUUUAGACUUCAGACGUUGCAGCACAUAAUGAGGAUGACACGCACGUGGGACUCAACAAUGUCUAUGCUACCUAAGGGAGGUGACACAAUAUGGGGAGGUCUGGACUGGUCGCCUGAGAAAGGCCACAUCUGUUGUUGUGGGAAAAAGCAAAAGAGCAACGAGACUCGCGAGACAAAGCCUGUAAACUAUGGAAGGAUUAUAUCGUUUGGGAAAGAAGUGGCAGAAGCUCCGGUGUCCGAGAUUAAAAAUAUUGAUUUCCGAGGUGCGGUCAAAGGUCAGAGUGUCCCAAAUAACACAUGUCGUGACGUGUGGACAGAGUAUCACGAUAUGGGAAUUGGAGGGAUUAAAGCGAUUGCUGAGUAUAAGGUGUACACUGCUGAUGCAGUUAUAGAUUUGCUACAUUAUGUUGCUCCUAAGAUGAUGGCGCGUGGUGCUGCUCACUUCUCUUAUGGAAUUGCUGAAGAUUUGGAUGAUCCAAAGUACGAACAUCACAGACACUGGUCAAAUCCGUUGGAGACAAAAUUACCCAAUGCCCCUGAGAUGGAGAUCUUCUCAUUGUACGGAGUUGGGAUACCAACAGAGCGAUCAUACAUCUACAAGCUUAACCAGUCUCCUGACAGCUGCAUCCCAUUUCACAUAUUCACUUCUGCACACGAGGAGGACGAAGAUAGCUGUCUGAAAGCAGGAGUUUACAAUGUGGAUGGGGAUGAAACUGUACCGGUGCUGAGUGCCGGUUUCAUGUGUGCCAAAGCUUGGCGUGGGAAGACAAGAUUCAAUCCUUCAGGGAUCAAAACUUACCUUAGAGAAUACAACCACUCUCCACCGGCUAACCUGCUAGAAGGGCGCGGGACCCAGAGUGGGGCUCAUGUUGAUAUCAUGGGGAACUUUGCAUUGAUCGAGGAUAUCAUGAGGAUUGCCACCGGAGGCAACGGGUCCGAUAUAGGACAUGACCAGGUCUACUCUGGUAUAUUUGAAUGGUCCGACCGUAUUGACCUGAAGCUGUGAUUAUUUUGAUAUCUCUGGGCUGUCAGCUUUUGUGAAUCUAUUUCUUGCAAGACAGAUCAGCAUCAAUCAUUAAUCGUCAUCGUCAUGAUGCUCAACUCACAAGAAGCCUGAGAAUGAAUAUUUUGGUGGUGCUAUAUUUCUCAAUACCUUCGUUUAUAUUCUUAUUGAUGUAAAUUAUACGGUCCCCUAUUUUAUGUUUCGUCCGUCGAAAAGAUUAUGCAAAACUUGCUGGUCCAUGUUAUUUGUCUUUACGAAAGAAUCAAUAUAUGGAUUCAAACUAGCAUAUCAUGUAGAAUUUAUGUUAUGUUCUUGUGUGUGAUAAAAUUUGAUAAAGAAGGUCAGUUUUGAAAUGCGAAAAGAUCCUCUGUCUACAUGAACUCUGUAGUCUUUGUGACUAAGACCUAGAAGCCGGUUAUGAGCCGUCCACUUGCGAGUUUUGGCGAGCCACACGCAAGUGGCUCUGUGUGGUGUGGGUCUUAUUAGUUUGGGAGUCGAUAAGUCCAAGAGUCAAGACGUGGCUUAACCUGGUCCAUCUACUCCACACGAAAGCGCAGACUUAACCAAAAGCGGCUUCAUAAUCCUCGGAAUCAAACAACAGCUUCUCCUCUCCAACCAAAAUAAAUCCUUUUGCUCUCUCUCUUUCUCUCUAUCUCCUCUGUUCCUCGGCGGAGAGAAAUUGAAAUGGAGCUGAGCUUGAGCACUUCCUCCGCUUCUCCAGCGGUUUUGAGGAGACAGUCUUCUCCUCUGCUUCACAACCAACAAGUGCUCGGCGUUAGCUUUGCUUCCGCUCUUAAACCAGGAGGAGCUCUCCGAUUUCAUUCCCGGCGGCGUCCGCUUCAUCGUCCCAUCACUUGCUCCGCCUCUCCAUCAACCGCCGAAUCAUCCUCAGAGGUGAAGAAGAAGCAGUUGGUGAGGAGGAAUGACGUGAGGAAUAUAGCAAUUGUAGCACAUGUUGAUCAUGGAAAAACUACUUUGGUUGAUUCUAUGCUGAGGCAAGCUAAGGUAUUCCGAGAUAACCAAGUCAUGCAGGAGAGGAUCAUGGACUCAAAUGACCUCGAACGUGAAAGAGGAAUCACCAUUCUUAGCAAAAACACCUCUAUCACUUACAAAAAUACAAAAGUAAAUAUAAUAGAUACUCCUGGUCACUCCGACUUUGGCGGUGAAGUGGAGCGUGUCUUGAACAUGGUUGAUGGAGUGCUUCUUGUGGUGGACUCUGUUGAGGGACCAAUGCCUCAGACAAGGUUUGUUUUAAAGAAGGCUCUUGAAUUUGGACAUGCAGUUGUCGUGGUCGUGAACAAGAUUGACAGGCCUUCGGCUCGUCCUGAGUUUGUUGUCAAUUCCACUUUUGAACUAUUUAUUGAACUAAACGCUACAGAUGAGCAGUGUGAUUUCCAAGCGAUAUAUGCUAGCGGGAUCAAAGGAAAGGCAGGUCUUUCUCCGGAUGAUCUUGCAGAAGACCUAGGACCCCUGUUCGAGGCUAUCAUUAGAUGUGUUCCUGGGCCAAAUAUUGAAAAGGAUGGUGCACUUCAGAUGCUUGCCACAAAUAUCGAGUAUGAUGAACAUAAAGGACGCAUUGCUAUCGGGCGGCUACACGCAGGGGCACUGCGCAAAGGAAUGGAUGUCAGGGUGUGCACUUCUGAAGAUUCCUGUAGAUUUGCAAGAGUAAGUGAGCUUUUCGUUUACGAGAAAUUCUACAGAGUACCUACUGAUACAGUGGAAGCUGGAGAUAUUUGCGCUGUAUGUGGCAUAGAUGACAUUCAGAUCGGGGAGACUAUUGCUGAUAAAGUACAUGGAAAGCCUCUACCUACAAUCAAAGUAGAAGAGCCAACGGUGAAAAUGUCCUUCUCUGUUAACACCUCUCCGUUUUCUGGUCGUGAGGGGAAGUAUGUAACGAGCAGGAACUUGCGAGACCGUUUAAACCGUGAACUUGAAAGAAAUCUAGCUAUGAAAGUGGAAGAUGGUGAGACAGCCGACACAUUCAUUAUUAGUGGGCGUGGUACACUACACAUUACCAUCCUGAUAGAAAACAUGCGAAGAGAAGGAUAUGAAUUUAUGGUUGGACCCCCGAAAGUUAUCAACAAAAGGGUUAACGAUAAAUUGCUGGAGCCAUAUGAGGUAGCAACUGUUGAAGUACCAGAGAAUCACAUGGGGCCUGUUGUUGAACUUCUCGGCAAAAGGCGUGGACAGAUGUUUGAUAUGCAGGGUGUUGGGUCGGAAGGAACAGUCUUUCUGCGGUACAAAAUCCCAACACGUGGGCUUCUUGGAUUGAGGAAUGCAAUUUUAACAGCUUCCCGUGGGACAGCUAUCCUCAACACCGUAUUUGACAGUUAUGGACCUUGGGCCGGCGAUAUUAGCACCCGUGAUCUGGGCUCGCUGGUUGCCUUUGAAGAUGGAACAUCAACGUCGUAUGCUCUGGCAAGUGCGCAAGAGAGAGGGCAAAUGUUUGUAGGUGCAGGUGUGGAUGUAUACAAAGGUCAGAUAGUUGGGAUCCACCAGAGACCUGGCGACUUGGGCCUUAAUAUCUGCAAGAAGAAAGCAGCAACAAACAUACGCUCCAACAAAGACGUAACAGUGGUUCUUGACACUCCCUUGACUUAUAGUCUUGACGACUGCAUCGAAUACAUUGAAGAGGAUGAACUAGUGGAGGUUACGCCUCUUAGUAUUCGGAUGUGCAAGAAUCCUAAAAUGGCAAAGAAAGGCAGGUAAAAAAGAAGAACCCAUUUUUGCAGCUGGGUUUGUACGAAACUGAACAGCUUAUUUAUAAAAAAAAAAGUUAUGAAAUCUAGUUUCUAGUGUUAUACUAGUUUUCUAAUGUUAUUUAUAUAUAUAGGCUUGUUUGAUCCUUAUACAUCAUAAGUGUAUUAUUCUCAUAGCAAAGGGUGAGUCUUCAUGUAAUCCAAUUAAUGUUUUUGGAAAACCCGGUAUAAUGCUCUUUGUCCAACCUCAAUCUCUGAUCAUCUGAUGCUUCUUCGAAGCUGUACCAACUUCUGAAGUUAAAAUGGUGAAUCCUUUAUCAUAAAGUUUUUCGCAAUACAA